AAUGAAUGUAGGCCGGGCACUGACCGAUGCAAACAUGGCUGUAGACCAGGCUAUUACGAGAGUGACAAGUUAUUAUGCGAACCUUGCGGAAUGGGUUACGUCAAACUAUCGAAAAUGCGAACGCUGCAGUUCAAACUGUCGGUACAGUUGUAAUGAAAUAACAGGAUAUUGCUAUGGUAAUAAAUGCCGUUCAGGUUGGACGGGACCGCGCUGUCUAGAAAAAUGUAGGACGGGAACUUACGGUAUAGAUUGCAAUAGAACAUGCAUCUCUCAUCAUUGUAAAGGAGGUAAUACCUCUUGUCAUCACGUAACUGGAGAAUGUAUAAAUGGUUGCUCCUUUAAAAAUCUUAAUGUACCCUACUGCAGAUGCGAUCAAUAUUGUUUUAAUGACGGAUUAAAAUGUAAUUGCGAGGGAUUUCUUUCUCCUAAACUACUCUCUAUAGUUCUGGUAGCAGCAAUAGCAAUUAAUAUAACGUUUACAGUGAUUUUUUCGGUUACUUUAGCAGUUCUAAGGGUUGUUCACUGGGGAGCGAUGAAAAAAUUGGAAAGAGAGAGAAUGUUAAUGCUCCUUGAUAAGCCUAAAGGUACCUUCGGAUCACCGGUUUCUUCAACCUUAUCACUUUCCGAAACCAAUCCUAAAUGCUAUAUUGAUCCAACCGGGCAGCCAACUAAGGAUCGAUUAGUUGAUAAAUCGACAGAUUGGUGUAAGCUAGGUAGAAAUGGAAAAUUACAGAUCGAUUUCGUACAAGUGCGAUCAAUCUUUUAUAUCGACACUAAAGAGAGCGAGGAAGAAAUAUCGGAAAGUCGAAAAAAAUCUACCAUUUCUAUGACGUUGACUGACGAUAAAAGAUAUUCCAAUGCACUUUUAACACAGAAGACAGAACGGAUUAAAAUCGGCUUAAGGGAUCAAAAACAAUCUAAUACUCUAGUGGCAAACGUUUUAAAUUCUCAUAAAAUUACGGCAACUCGUAGUUCUUUUCAAGAUAAUAUAGAAGAAGGUUUUGUUCUUGUUAAUAAACCAGAAAAUAUCGAUUUAACAAAAGUCCCUGGUAAAGGCAUACUCAAGGUUUUCGAAUCAUUUCAAUUGCAAAAUGAACCAUCGUCGUAUGAAGAUGAAUCAGAAGAUUUCUUUAUGAGAGAAUACAGCGCACUUGAUGUAAAUAGGCCUUGUACUUAG